AUGGCGUCACUGACGAAUCUGCGGGUGAGAGGGCUUUGCACUGCGGGGGUGCUUGUUCUGGCAUGGGUGCUGUGCGGGAUACAGGUCAUGGCAGAUGACCAAAAGCCAUCAAUCACGGUGGAUGGAGCCGGCACGUUGUACAUCAACUCGACUCAAAAAGUGGUGCUUAAUGGCGUCGAUGUGGUGGCAGCCCUCGGCUACCUUCUUGAAGCGAAGACAAACAUGCCGCAGAUUUUCAUCUCCACCGCAGUUGAUGACGCUCGAUCAGUGUAUGCGGCAGAUCUGGACGGCGAUGGUGAUCACGACGUCCUCAGUGCCAGCUUCAACGACAAUAAGAUUGCCUGGUACCGCAACAUCGGCGAUGGCACCUUUUUCGCGCAGCCUGCCCUCACCACCGAUGCCAACGGUGCCUCCUCAGUGUAUGCGGCAGAUCUGGAUGGCGAUGGUGAUCUUGACAUUCUUAGCGCAAGCGUUAACGACGACAAGAUUGCGUGGUACCCCAACAAUGGCGAUGGCACCUUUUCCGCCCAGAUCAUCAUCUCCACCGCUGCUGACGGCGCCUUCUCAGUGUAUGCGGCAGAUCUGGACGGCGAUGGUGAUCUCGACGUUCUCAGCGCCAGCUCAACGACGACAAGAUUGCAUGUGUACGCGGCAGAUUUGGACGGCGACGGUGAUCUUGACAUUCUUAGCGCCAGUCUCAACGACGACAAGAUUGCAUGGUACCGCAACAAUGGUGCCGGUACCUUUUCCGACCAGAUCAUCAUCUCCACCGACGCCGACGGCGCCUUCUCAGUGUAUGCGGCAGAUUUGGACGGUGACGGUGAUCUUGACAUUCUUAGCGCCAGUCUCAAUGACGACAAGAUUGCAUGGUACCGCAACAAUGGCCAUGGUACCUUUUCUGACCAAAUUAUCGUCUCCACUGCCGCUGACGGCGCUCGCUCAGUGUAUGCGGCAGAUCUGGACGGUGACGGUGAUCUUGACGUCCUUAGCGCCAGCGGCAUCGGCAACAAGAUUGCAUGGUACCGCAACGACGGCCUUUUGGACUGGAAAACUCGCUUCAAUUUCGACUGA